AUGAAGCUCCGAGUAUUGAUAGUUGUGAUGUUUGUGUGCUCGUGCGCCUGCGCCGAGGAGGCUGUGGAGGCGAGAGGCAAAGGGAAAUAUGCGCUGUUGAUCCACUUCUUCUACGUGGCCGCGACGAAGAUCUUCAUCCUGAAGGUGGUAUAUGGCGUCAUCUUCUACAUCAUCGCGACCAAGGCCUGGCACCUGCUGCUCUGGCUGGUACACUACCUCAAGGAGAAGAAGCAUCAUGAGCACUACGUGGAAAUUGACCACGACCACGAUUUCCAUGGCCACCACGAUUUCCAUGGUCACCACGAUUUCCAUAGUCAACCAUACGGCGCCUACGACUACGCGUAUGAUAAGCCAGAGUAUGGCAGACUAGACAAGGACAAGAUUUAUGAUGCUGAUGGAUCCUACUCCGUUGCGGGAUAUUGA